AUGGGUAUUCCUCUCGAUGGCGGAGGUGAUGGCCGAGUCGGUUCCGCGCGCGACAACUCGACGGGCGGAACCGUGAGCAAGCUGCAGUUGGACGAUUCUGACUCGUCUUCGCUGAUGUCUCUUGUCAGCACUCUUGUACCUGUGCUCAUCUAUACCGCCGUCUGCCUACUCAUCUUCUGGGCUCUGCGUCGCAGAAGUCUGCGCGUCUACUCGCCUCGCACAAUCCUCAAGGACUUCUUUUCUCACGAGAAAUGCGCACCGCUGCCGAAAGGAUGGCUGGAUUGGGUGAAGCCGUUCUGGGCGAUCCCAGAUACGGAGAUCCUCAACCGCUCUUCGUUAGACGCCUACCUGUUCCUCCGCUACCUGAAGGUCCUCAGUCUGAUCUGCUUUGUGGGUUGCUGCAUCACUUGGCCGACGUUGAUGGCAAUCCAUGCCAAUGGCACCGGCGGGUUGUCGCAGUUGGAUCGCAUCACCAUUGGUAAUGUGCAAAACCCAGGCAUCUUCUUCGUCCAUGCCAUCAUUGCGUGGAUCUUCUUCGGGUUUAUCCUCUUCACCAUUUACCGUGAAUGCAUAUAUUACAUCAAUCUGCGGCAUGCCUAUCUUCUGUCGCCUUACUACUCGAAGCGUCUCUCGUCCCGAACAGUCAUGUUCAGCUGCGUUCCACCAAAAUACCAGGAUGCCGCGCGCCUUCGGAAGCUCUUCGGCGACACCGUUAAAAACGUUUGGAUUCCUCGGGAUACGAGUGACCUGGAGAGGCUUGUAAAAGAGCGGGACGAGACUGCAUUGCGUCUAGAGAAGGCUGAAAUCCGGCUCAUCAAGAUGGCGAACAAGCGGCGAAACAAGCAGUUGAAGGCCGCCGUUGCCGCUGCUACCGCUGAACCAGAACCCAUCUCAAGCCCGUCGUCGAGUGGUGGUUCCGAGCGCUCGGACGACGCCGAGAAAGGCUACCCGUACCAUGAGAGUACCACCCUUCCAGAUGUCAACGGCUCUGUGGCCGCGCAAUGGCUUGGGGCCAGCGAGCGUCCUUACCAUCGGCCUCUGGCCAACUUUUUCCGUCGGGUCGAUACGAUCAAGUGGACUCGCAACCGGAUCAAAGCUUUGACGCAUCAGAUCAACAAGCUGCGCCGAGGCUUCCUCAAAGGCGAUGGUCGCCGACUACCUGCCGCGUUUGUUGAGUUCUCAUCCCAGGCCGAUGCUGAGCGAGCAUAUCAAACCCUGGCCCAUAAUCGGCCGUUGCACAUGUCCCCGCGUUACAUCGGUAUCCGCCCUGAUGAAGUCGUUUGGAGCUCCGUUCGGAUGCGGUGGUUCGAGCGAAUUGUCAGAGGCUUCUUGAUGCGCGCCAUUGUCACCGCUGCCAUCGUGUUCUGGUCUAUUCCGUCCGCGAUCGUUGGUACCGUCUCAAACAUCAAAUUUCUGGCCAAUUUGUUCCCCUUCCUGGCGUGGAUCGCUGAGCUGCCAGGCCCGGUCACCGGUAUUAUUAGCGGUUUGCUUCCUGCCUUGGCUCUGUCCUUCUUGAUGGCCAUUGUGCCAUGGCUUCUACGAGGUAAGAGUUUGUUCCUCAGCUGA